GGUUGUUACCAUGGCAACUGACAAACAGCAGACGACGCACGCGAGAACAAUAUGACCAACAUUCUGCGCGUGAAAUGCGCUGUUAUUGGAGACGCUGCUAUCGGCAAGACGGCCCUCAUCCAAGUCUUUCUACACGACCGCAGCUAUUUUCCGAAAAACUAUUCAAUGACAACCGGAGUAACGCUUUCGGUCGGCAAAGUCAACAUACCGGAUACCAAAGACGCCGUCGAACUGUACCUGUACGACUGCUCUGGGAAAGAAGUGUACUUGGAUCUCGUCCAGGAGCUGUGGGCGGACGCACCUCUGGCCAUUAUAAUGUUCGACACGUGCAACGAGCCUUCGUUCCAGCACGUCUCGACCUGGGCCUCGAGGCUCUCGAAAAACAGCACCUGCGGUCCUAAAAUUGGCGUUUUGGUGGGAAUGAAAGCAGACCUCAAGGAACGUCGGAGAGUGUCUACCAGGGAAGGUCAGGAGAUGGCUGAGCGGAUCGGUUUCCACUACCUGGAGUCAUCUGCGAAGGAAGCCGAAGGUGUCCAGGAGCCAUUCUUCUACCUUGCGAGCCAGUGGCACAAGACCCACAACGAAAAAGGCGAGCUACAAGACGACGUCUUGUGAAGCAAGCACAGGCCAACACUACCAUGUCAUUUCUUUUUCGCACAGUCAGCUCUACGGGCAACAAAGAAAUAAUGCUUGCUCUGUUAA